CAUACUAUACAUAUUGUAGGAAGUGUCAGGGGAAAUGAAAGACUUCUGUGAACUGUGAACUAGGGACCUGCAACAUCAGAAAUCUGGUGGAUCUAUAAACCUGCUAAGCCAGCCAGCUAUGGCGGAUCACGAGGACUUCAAUAAGAUCGGAGGGCCCGGGAACGUUUCGGAGAACUACCAGUUCAAUCCAGCCAGCAUGAUCGUGUCCGUGGUGUUCUCGCUCAUCUUUCUUCUUGGCACCAUUGGGAACAGCCUGGUGUUGGCAGUGCUCCUAAGGAAUGGACAGAUGGGACACAACACCACCAACCUAUUCAUCCUCAACCUCAGCGUGGCCGACUUCUUCUUCAUCAUCUUCUGUGUACCGUUCCAGGCCACCAUCUACUCCCUGGAGGGCUGGGUGUUCGGCUCCUUCAUGUGCAAAGCUGUGCAUUUCUUCAUCAACCUCACCAUGUAUGCCAGCAGCUUCACGCUUGCCGCAGUCUCUGUUGACAGGUAUCUGGCAAUUCGCUAUCCUCUGAGGUCUAGAGAACUGAGAACACCUUGUAAUGCGGUUGCUGCCAUGGCAGUCAUCUGGGGUCUGUCUCUGGUCUUCGCAGGGCCAUACUUAAGCUACUACGACCUGAUUGACUUUGCUAACGGCAAUGUGUGCGUUCCCGGGUGGGAAGAAUAUAACCGCAAAGUGCUGGACACCUGUACUUUUGUGUUUGGCUAUGUGAUCCCUGUGCUCAUCGUCAGCCUCUCCUACACCCGGACCAUAAAAUACCUCUGGACAGCUGUGGACCCCCUGGACGGGAUGUCCGAGUCCAAGAGGGCCAAGCGCAAGGUCACCAAAAUGAUCAUCAUCGUCACUGUGCUCUUCUGCAUCUGCUGGCUGCCCUACCACGUGGUGAUCCUGUGCUACCUGUACGGAGACUUCCCCUUCAACCAGACCACCUAUGCCUUCAGGCUGCUCUCCCACUGCAUGGCCUACGCCAACUCCUGCCUCAACCCCAUCGUCUACGCCCUGGUGUCCAAGCACUUCCGCAAGGGCUUCAAGAAGGUGUUCAGCUGCAUUCUGAGCAAAAAGGCAAGGAACAAGGUGCACGUCGUGCACGUGGCCAACACUGUUCCCGGAUUUGAAGCUGGGUCAACAGAGGUGUCCCAGAUGAAUGAAGAAAAUGCUCGGCAGAAUGAUUGUGAAAUGGGUAACCGUUCUCCUGUCGUUGCACAAGAGGCCAAGAUGACAGCCACCUUGCCCUACCAGCGGGAGUCUUGA